AUGUUCACCUUAUUGCCUGAUGUAGUAUUCACUUUAUUACUAAUAUUAACCUUAUUACUAAUAUUAACCUUAUUACUAAUAUUAACCUUAUUACUAAUAUUAACCUUAUUACCAUUAUUAACCUUAUUACCAUUAUUAACCUUAUUACCAUUAUUAACCUUAUUACUAUUAUUAACCUUAUUACUAUUAUUAACCUUAUUACUUGAUGCCAUAUUAGAAGCUGAUGAUGUAAUAUUGAUCUUUCCGCCUGAAGAAGCACUUAAUUCCUUAUUGAUUAAAUUAGAGUGUUCUUUAUUUGUAGAUGCCACCUGUGCUAUUGGAAUUGUUUUAGUUACAUUGUUUACUACUAUUCUACCUUUAGAUGUUUCAGCUUGUUUUGCUAUUCUCUCUUUCUUAAUUCCUUCUGCAAUUGAUUGA